AUGGCCACCGCGAUUACUAUGUCCACUCCCGCCCCCGUCGACAUCGCCAACGACCUGGCCCAGAAGCUGCUCAAGGACUACGGCCUGACCGCCCCAGUACCGAAGAAGGAGCGUGACCCGGCCGUGGCGGCCGUCGAGCAGGCCGUGCAGAAGAUCGUGGCCUCGAUCGACGCCAGCGUCAACCCCGAGACAGGCAAGGCCUACACGCCCGCCGAGAAGCUCAACCUGACCAAGGACCUGACCGACUUCACGGGCGUCGUGGAGGCCUUCGUCAACCAGCGCGGCAAGGUCAUCGACUGGCAGCGCAUCAACCCGCCGCCCAAGGACAUGAUCGUGCCCUACGCCGAGCUGGCCCCCGCCGCCAAGGGCGCCUACCUGGACAAGCUCGUCGUGCUCAAGCUCAACGGCGGCCUGGGCACCACCAUGGGCUGCGUGGGUCCCAAGUCGGCCAUCGAGGUCCACUCCAAGCACACCUUCCUCGACCUCAUCGUCCAGCAGAUCACUCACUUGAACAAGGAGUACAAGGCCAAGGUGCCGCUGGUGCUCAUGAACUCGUUCAACACGCACGCCAUGACCCAGGCCAUCCUGGGCAAGUACGACGCCAACGAGCAUGUCACCAUCGAGACCUUCAACCAGAGCCGCUACCCGCGCGUCCUCAAGGACUCCCUCCUCCCGCUGCCCGAGGACAUCAACGGCAAGGCCGACGAGUGGUACCCGCCCGGCCACGGCGAUGUCUUCCCCGCUCUCGUCAACUCGGGCCUUGUCGACAAGUUCCUCGCCGAGGGCAAGGAGUACAUCUUCAUCUCCAACGCCGACAACCUUGGCGCCACCGUCGACCUCAACAUUCUGAAGCACAUGGCGGACACGGAGAGCGAGUACGUGAUGGAGCUGACGGACAAGACGCGCGCCGACGUCAAGGGCGGCACGCUCAUCGACUACGAGGGCCGGCCCAAGCUGCUCGAGAUCGCGCAGGUGCCCGCCGACAAGGUGGACGAGUUCAAGUCCAUCAAGAAGUUCAAGAUCUUCAACACCAACAACCUGUGGGUGCGCCUCGACGCCAUCAAGCGCCUCAUCGAGAGCCGCGCGCUCGACGCCAUGGACGUCAUCCCCAACCAGAAGGCCGUCAACGGCCUCGCCGUGCUCCAGCUCGAGCGCGCCGCCGGCGCCGCCAUGGAGUACUUUGGCCGCGCGCAGGGCGUCAACGUGCCGCGCUCGCGCUUCCUGCCGGUCAAGAGCUGCUCGGAUCUCUUCCUCGUGCAGUCCAACAUCUACGCGCUCGCCGACGGCGCCCUCGUGAUGAACCCCAAGCGCGAGUUCGGCGCCACGCCCGUGGUCAAGCUGGGCGAGCAGUUCGCCAAGGUGGCCGAGUACAAGCGCCGGUUCAAGAGCAUCCCCGACAUGAUCGAGCUCGACCACCUGACCGUGUGCGGCGACGUCACCUUCGGCGCCGGCGUCAAGCUGGCCGGCACGGUCAUCAUCGUGGCCAACCACGGCGACCGCAUCGACAUCCCCGACGGCACCGUGCUCGAGAACAAGGUCGUCUCUGGCAACCUGCGCAUCCUCGACCACUAG